CGGACCCCGUGCCGCCCGCGGCCGCGGGACCCCUGCCCCACUCUGCCUUGCCCGUGAGACUGGAACUCGCGCGUGCCGCUCACAGGCCUCCGCGGCCCGCUCGCUCUUCACUCGUGGUGCGAGGAGGUGCGGCGCGGCCUCGACGAAUGGCCCGUCAGCCGCGCGCUUUCCCACGCGGCUACCAGGCCUGGCGGGGCCGGGCUUCCCGCGUCUCCCUGACCCUCCAUUGCCCUGAGACCGGAGUUCAAGAAAGGCUGGCCCUGGAUGCGUCUAAGAGGGGGUGGCCUUUCAGCCUGUUUUACCUAUGUGCCCCGCAAGCUUCCCUAGUUAAAUGCGGAGACCCGGCUGCACCUAGGGGGAGCCUGGCUUUUGAGGACUUUGCAGUCCUGGGCCAACUUCGGUAUUGCUAGACCACAGAAAUUUGGGGGAGCCAUGCCUUUUCCCCCUCAUAUGAAGCAAGAUGACCUAACUAUAGCCAAGAUUCGCGUCACCCCUCACAUCCAGCUGGCCGGUAGUAGUUGCCUUCAGCUUUAGGGAAAGUUGCCAGUGCAUUUGACAAACAGGCUGGGAGUUAGGCCUGGAUCCUAGCCUCGGCGCCACCACUGAUUUACCUUGGCGACUUUUGGAAUCUCUUUAGGCAGAAUUAACGGUUGUUGCAGAGUUCCGGGUUGAAUUAGGAAAAAAAAAAGUCUUUUUUUAGCUCACUGAAAAUUUUCCCCUAGCCCACUUUCCUCAAGUAUAAAAUCAGAGCCUUAUAAUUAGUUAUUAUUCAGCUCCCUUCCCAAGCUCUAGACUUUGUUUUGAAUAUUUAGGCCGUCACAUAAAGAAGACUUUAAAGAGGUGAAUUGUAUUUAACAACAUUGUUUAACAACAGUUUAGUGCAGCUGUUAGCUAGAAAAUCGGAAGACCGGGAAAUGAAUUGGAAGGGAGGAUUGUCAGGAUAACAGUCUGUAGGGCAAAGGAGAACAGCUGAGAGAAAGGUAAAGGAAGGGAACUGUUUGUAGACAGAGUUUGUUCUUAUAAAAAAGACUCCCAAGAACAGUUGGGAUUUUACCACAAUAAAUUUAGCCUACUUUUCUUCCUUCAAGGCAUUUCUGUCUCUUAUGUGACCAUUGUUUUACACUUUAGGAUAUAUACAUGUCUGCAGACAUUUGAUUCAAAGUGGCAGUCACCUUUUUAACUUAUUUGUAUAUCACUAUCUCUGGUCAGGGUAGAAUCUAAAGAGUCAGAAAUUUUUAGUUGAGAAUAAGAAAUGUAUUAAUCAAAUUCUGAUUAAAACUGUUUGUUUAAAGGCCAGGUUUGAGGCUAUUGGUUUAAUCCCCCAGCAUGUAAAAUAAAUGAAAAUAAAAUAAAAGCUGUAGGUUUUAUUUAACUUUGUCUGCAAUGGAUGCAGAGGACAUAUGGCUUAAGUGGUUUGGAAGGAAAUAAGAGGAAAAUAUUCAGAGUGACCAGUAGAUAGACUGUUAGAAUGAAAAUAUUGGCUUUAAAGAUCAGCCCUUAGAUAACCAACUUUUCAUAAUGUUUGGCGGCUAUGAGACUAUAGAAGCAUAUGAAGAUGACCUUUAUCGGGAAGAGUCAUCUAGUGAACUGAGUGUUGAUAGUGAAGUGGAAUUCCAACUUUACAGCCAAGUUCACUAUGCCCAAGAUCUUGGUAAUGCCAUCAGGGAGGAAGGACAUGAAGAAGACAACUCCGAGAAUUCAGAAUCAUCUGAUAGUAAACCAAAUCAGAACUUAAUUGUUCUUUCAGAUAGUGAGGUCAUCCAGUUAUCAGAUGAGUCAGAGAUUAUCACUUUGUCUGAUGAAGAUAGUAUUUAUAGAUGUAAAAGAAAAAAAUUUAGAGAUCAAGAACAUGAAAAGACUCAAGAUCUUCCUGCUUCUCAUCAUUCUAAUGAAUUGGCUGAUAAGAGGGAUAUUGAAAAGCCUAAAUCUGAAGAGAAAUCUGGUGUUAUCCGAGAGGUCAUGAUUAUAGAGGUCAGUUCAAGUGAAGAACAAGAGAGCACCACUUCAGAAAAUGAAAAUAUUGAAAGCUGGAUGCUACUGGGAUGUGAAGAAGAUGAUAAAGAUGAUGAUAUCCUUCUCAAUCUUGUGGGAUGCGAAAACUCUGUUACUGAAGGAGAAGAUGAUGUAAACUGGUUCAUCAGUGACAAAGAUGUUGAGGCUAAGAUAGGUAAUAACAGAUCAUCUGGAAGAUGGACUCGCCGAUACUACACAGCGGACAAAAAUGUUACCUGUAGAAAUUGUGACAAAUGUGGGCAUUUGUCAAAAAAUUGUCCCUUACCCCAAAAAGUCCGACCUUGCUGCCUCUGCUCGGAAAGAGGACACUUCCAAUAUGCCUGUCCGGCCCGCUUUUGCUUAGACUGUUCUUUGCCCCUGUCUUCCACUCACAGAUGUCUUGAAAGAUCUUCCUGGAGAAAACGAUGUGACCGAUGUGAUAUGAUAGGCCACUAUGCUGAUGCUUGCCCAGAAAUCUGGAGGCAGUAUCACCUAACGAUCAAACCUGGACCACCAAAAAAGCCGAAGACUCCUUCUGGACAAUCGGCCUUAAUGUAUUGCUACAACUGUGCACAAAAAGGCCAUUAUGGACACGAAUGUACAGAAAGAAGAAUGUUUAACCAGACAUUUCCAACAUCUCCGUUCAUCUAUUUCUAUGAUGACAAAUAUGAAAUUCAGGCAAGAGAACAUAGAAUAAAACGCAAAGCAAAAGAACUGCAGAAAAAUGGAAACUUGCCUAGGCAGUUCAAGAGACCACAUAUGGAAGCAGCAUAUAAGAGACCCCACCAUGAUAGGAGGAAGAGCCAUGACUCAAGGAAAAGCAGUAGGCAGCUUCAAGAAGAUAAAGCAAUCCAGAAAGAACUGAGCAGGAAAAGAGAACAUGAGAAGCACAGGAGGGAUGGCAGGCAUCAUGAAGUGGAAGAGGACUUCCCUCGCGGCCCAAAACCUCAAUCUUCUUCCAGCAGUGUUAAAACCCAGAAAUCACAUAAGUCCUCCCACCACUCAUCACAUUACCACAAACUGAGAGAAGACAAGCUUUCCAAAGAGAGCCAGCGAAGCAAGCAGAAGAAAAAAGAGAGAUACGUGGAAGAUGAUAGUGAUGAUAAUUUAUUUCUUAUUAAGCAAAGGAGAAAAAAAUCUAAGCUGUGAGACAGCUACGGAUCUGGCUUUCCAUAUUUAUUUGAUCUCCAUGAACACAGCAUUCUAGCAGUAUUUUUAAUUACCUUUGAUUAAAGGGAAGCUUUGGUUAUCAUUAUUCAAUUUCAGCCAUGCCUAGAAUUGCUGAACAAAGGCUAUGGAACUCUCAGUUCUCUUACAACAGGUUACUAGGUAGGAAAAUGAGAAGACAAACUUCUCUUCUAAUACCAGUUUUAUCCAGAGUCUUUGAGAUAGGGAAAAAACAGUCUUUCAAGAAAAUUCCUGGGGCUGGGGAUAUAGCCUAGUGG